ACCGUCGCAUGCAGUGCAUAGUGUUAAACCAUUUUGCAUUAAAACGACAACGAAGUGUUUACAUCUGCUGCCUAAGUAAAUAAGGAGUACGACAGCGUUUAUAGAUAGUUACUCCUUCGUCGUCCUUUGUCACGAUAAAUAUGACUUCGAUUUUCGAUCAAUAUGAGCAGGCUUCGCAGGUGUCUCAGCGCGCGAAGCCUGCUACCGAGCCCAUGACGUCUUCUGGAUACAUCAACAUGCAGUUCGAAGACAAUACGCCAAUGUUUUCCAAGCAGAAAAUGAAUUUUAAUCCUUCGGAUUCCAUCACCCACGUCGCAGUCGCCAGCGACUAUUUGGUGCUAGCUAUGGCCAACGGAAAGCUUUUUCGGUUAGAUCUGAAGAUGCCUGAUCACCAUGAAGAGCUUCACUACACAAAAUUUGUACAACAGAACUCAAAACUGACUGGCAUAUUCUUAGACCCACUUGGCUACCAUCUCCUCCUAGCCUUCGCUGCUAGGAACAAAGACGGGAACCCUGAACUCAUUUAUUUGCACCGUAAGAGCUCUAAGCUGAAGUCGGUAACCAAAUCACGGAACUAUGAAGUAACUGAAGUUGGUUGGAAUUACGAGAACCUCUCGGAGAUGGCCACUGGCCCCAUUUUGCUUGGCACUUCGCAAGGUCACAUUCUGGAGACGGAACUGGAAGCUGACAGCGAUAAAUCUUUCACAGCCAGUCAACAAUAUUGGAGACAGAUAUUUGACAUCGGCAAAGGCGCAGAUACGCCCGUAACGGGCUUACAAUUCCAUAGAGUAGGUAAUACGAGUAAAUACUUUAUCUUUGUCACCACACCCACGAGAUUGUACCAGUUCAUGGGCCACGCAGUUACUACGGACGGCAAACCGUCGCUCCAGUCAAUCUUCCAUCCGUACUUGACGACACCCGAAACGAGUUUCCAAGAGAUCCCUUCGUCGCUGAAGUACUCAAAGCUGCAAUUUUAUUUUGAUAAAAAUAACACGCCGAAGAUGUUCGCUUGGUUGACUGAACCGGGAAUAUUUUAUGGACAGUUAGAUCCCACAUCUCAGCAAAACUCUAAUUCUCUAUUCACACAAAGUGAACUCAUUAAUUAUCCAACCGAAAGUGACGAUUGCAAAGAAACGCCUUUGUCUUUUGUGUUGACUGAAUUCCACGCAAUUGCUAUGUACUCGGAUCGAGUCAAAGCUAUUUCCCUUUUAAACCAAGAAUUGGUGUACGAGGAUCAUUACUCGGAAGCUCACGGGAAGCUUAAGAAUAUUGUAAAGGACCCUAAAAGGAGAACCAUUUGGGCCGUUACGGAAAAAACAGUGUUUAGAUACAAAGUUGUCAGAGAAGAACGAAACGUUUGGAGAAUAUAUUCUGAUAAACAACAAUUUGAGUUGGCUAAGGAAUACUGCUACAACAACCCCGCCUACAUAGACAUUAUAAACGUAAAACAAGCGGAGUUGCUCUUUUCGAAGGGUGAUUAUGAAAAGAGCGCAGAAGUUUUCGCCGACACGCAGAGUAGCUUUGAAACAAUUUGCUUGAAGUUCCUGGAAAGUGAGCAAUUUAACGCAUUGAAAGUUUACCUGAGCAAGCGUCUAGAGGCUCUCGACGAAGACGACAAAACGCUCACUUCGAUGAUCGUCAUCUGGAUGACGGAGCUGUAUUUGUCUCAAUUGGGACUUUUGCGGCGCACGGGACACGAAGAUUCGCAGGAAUACCACGCGAUACAGAGCGAUUUCGAAGUAUUUCUACUGCACCCCAAAGCGGGGAAAUGUAUGCAACACGUGAAGUCGGUGAUCUACGACCUGAUGUCCUCGCACGGCGACAAGCAGAAUUUAAUCAAGCUGACCAUAAUAAACGAAGACUACGAGAACGUCGUCGCCCAAAACAUUUACAAGAAGUCGUACCUCGAGGCGAUCAACACGCUGCAGACUCUGGGCGAGCCCGAGCUGUUCUACCAGUUCGCGCCGACGCUGAUGCAGGUGCGGCCCAAGCAGACCGUCGACGCGCUGAUCUCGCAGGGCCCGCGGCUGGCGCCGUCCAGGCUGCUGCCCGCGCUGCUGGCCUGCGAGAACGACGAGGCGCACGCGGCCGAGGUCGUGCGCUACCUGGAGUGCGCGGUGCAGGAGCUGGGCGUGCGCGACCGCGCGCUGCACAACUACCUGCUGGCGCUGCUGGCCGAGCGCGACCCCGCGGCGCUGCGGCGGCUGCUGGGGCGCCAGGGCCGCGACGCCGCGGCCGUGGGCUACGACGCGCACUUCGCGCUGAGGCUGUGCCGCGAGAAGGGCCCGCCCGAGGCCUGCGUGGCGCUGUCGGCGCUGCUGGGGCUGUGGGAGGCGGCGCUGGAGCUGGCGCUGCCCGUGGACCUGGCGCUGGCCAAGGACGUGGCCGCCCGGCCCGACUGCGUCGAGACGCAGCGCCAGCUGUGGCUGAGCAUCGCCGAGCACGUGAUCGCCAAGAACCAGGACCUGAAGGAGGCCAUGGCGUUCCUGGAGGAGUGUCCUCUGCUCAAGAUCGAGGACGUCCUGCCCUUUUUCAGCGACGUCGUCACCAUCGACCACUUCCGGGAACCCAUUUGUCAAUCGCUGCAGGAGUACAACUACCAGAUCGAGGAGCUGAAGGCCGAGAUGGAGGAGGCCACGCGCUCCGCGGAAUACGUGCGCGCGGAGAUCCAGUCGUUCCGCAACCGCUCGGCGCUGGUGGCGGCGGCGGACGCCUGCUGCCUGUGCCAGCUGGCGCUGCUGCUGCGGCCCUUCUACCUGUUCCCGUGCGGCCACAAGGCGCACGCCGACUGCCUGGCGGCCGCGGCGGCCGAGGCGCUGGGCGCGGGCGCGCGCGCGCGGCUGCAGGCGGCGCAGCGGCGCCUGGCGCUGCUGUCGCCCGUGGAGCUGCGCACGCGCACGGCGGCCGGCGUGUCGCUGCAGGACGCGCUGCGCGCCGAGGUCGACGACCUCGUGGCCGCCGAGUGCCUCUUCUGCGGCGAGCACGUCGUCAGGUGCAUCGAUCAGCCAUUCAUUCCCGAUGAAGAUUGGGACCGAGUGCUCAAGGAGUGGGAGUGAACAAAACUAUGUCGUCCUCCUCUCUGGGGGAGGUCCAAAAUGUGAAAUAGAGAAGUCCAUCGCCGAUAUGUAAUUCGUAAAAUAUUAAGCAAUUUGUUAUAUUAAAUAAAAAGAGUUCCCAGCGCGUGAAGUUCAGUGAACCUACUAAUCACUAGGAAAUAAUAAA